UAUAUAUUGUAUUAUUGUUAUUAUUUUUAUUUUUAUUAUUGUUUUCUGCUCUUACUGAGGCAUCUGGUCUGCACACACACACAGCAGAGUCCUCGCCGGUGGUCAUACGCAAGGUCAGUAGCGAGUAUGUGAUGCUGGAUGGCAUAGACGAUACACCAAGUAACAAACGCCACAGCCUGCCAUUCACUGAUAGAAACAGUACAGUGCACACCGACAGCGACACAGAAAUGGCCGAGGCUUAUGCACAGUAUAUCAAUGGGUCAUUGAACAGUUAUAGUUUCACACACAACACGCACCCCUCAAACACGUGGGACGGCCCUACCACAGGCGACGAUGGGUCAACUACCCCCAUGCUCUCGAAGAACAUCAAAUCUGGCAGGAAACCCAACAAACCCAACAACAAACCGGCCAAGCGGACGGGGAAUAAAGCAAGCAUCUAUUUCAGCAACAUCACACGCCGCAGGAGAAGGCACGACGACCACGCAAAUGGCACUGACACCAACAAGGACACCGGAGAUGACACUGACACCCAUGACACCGGAGAUGACACGAACAAUGACACCAUCCAUAACACGGAUGAAGACAGAGCCAACACCUCUGCAAACGACCGCAAGUACGAGCAAGACACUGACACUGACACUGACACUGACACCAAACAGCGCAUGCAUGACAUCUGCCCCACGCUGGUGCGACGACCGGCCACGCACAGCCCACGCACCAGAGCCACGAGCUUCUUCUGUGUACGCACACCCAUUCAGGAGAGGUCACUGGACUCAGACACAGACUCACCCCUGGGCUCACACACCUCAGCACGCAGCUGCUGCCAGACAACGGUUGCACGAGCGGUCAGUGAAGGGGGCAAGUAG